AUUGUUAAAUGUUUCCUGCUGCUAGUGCUGCUAGAAAUUGACGCGUCUUCAGCACAAAUUGACCAAAAUGCCAGUUUUUUUUAUAAUGUGAUGGCGCCUCUUCUCAUCUAUCCGAACUCUCCAUAUUCAGUUGCUAUGACCACACGCGGUUGCAACAUAUCGUCUACGUAUCUGUUGAAUAUAGUCGGCCCCGAUUUCUCUGUAAAAGCGAAUUUGAACUUAACAGUAGACAGUCCAACAAAGUGGCAUGUAUUUAAAAUUUCCGAAAUAGAUACUGGCUUAUAUAUUCUAAGGGUAACGACCGUGCGAGGAUGUUAUGUACAAAACUCAACUCUUUUAAGAUGGCGUAACACUAAAAUCUUCAUUAAAAUACAAACGCCUAAAUUUUUUUUUUAUCCCGGCCAAUUGUUACAAUUUCGAGUCUUCUUUCACGAUGACCAAAUGCAUUAUGCCACUCCAGACCUUAAGACGUCGAUUAUGAUUGAGGAUGCUAAGGGAUAUAAUGUUAAGGUCUUCCAGCAACUUACCAUUACAAAAGGAAUAUUUGAAGGCCAAAUGCGUCUCAGUCCACAAGUGCACCUUGGUCGUUGGCGUAUUUGUGUACUGGAUAGACAUUUUGUCAUUGAGCUUAAGUGCUCCAUUCGAAGUGAACUUAGAUGAUGGCAAAUUUAACGCCGUGGUGAAAAUAACACACGAAUUUAACGGCCCAGUAAAGUAUAACAUAACUAUGUAUAUUUCAAUAUAUACUGCAAAUAAAAUUGAAGAAUAUUUGAAAGUCGUACAUGCUGCGACCAAUUCUAAAAAUGGCGAAGCAACGAUCGAGGUAGAUUUGACUCGAUUCAAUAAAAGCUUAUCCACAAAAGUGGCGUCGCAGCUUAAAUUAACUGUUAGUCUUCAUGAAAUUUUCAAAGAAAACGUAAUAAAUGAAACUAGAAUAGUAACAGUAUGGGGAAAACAUCAGCACUUCAAUACCGAAAACGUAACGAGAAAGAUGCGUUCCCAAAGGAGUAAUGUUAUACAAAUUAAGAGUUUCGGUAAACAAAUGAAUGAAACGCUGAAACUACAUUUUAGUUUUAAUAAAACGGUGGAAGUUGCACAUUGUAUGGUCUUGAUUAAUAAUCUGAUAUUAGGUAUGAAUGAUGUCUAUCCAGAUGAGUCGAAAACAAACAUUACAAUCUCAUUAACACUUACAUCAAAAAUGUGGCCGCUUAUUUAUGUUAUUGUGUAUAGCAUGGACAUUCAUUCAAAAACCUUAAUGUUAGCUUCUCAAAUUUUGGAAGUGGACCCGCCACAGAACGUCGGUGUCUUUAUUGACAUACCAUUAUAUGUAACACCUGACCAUGAGAUUCAGUUUUCUAUAAAAGCAAAAAACAACUGCUAUGUUGGCAUUGAGGCUUCGGAUAAUCGCGUCUUUAAUCUUGGUGCACAUGGGAAUAAUGAUUUCAAUGAAGACUAUUUAAACUAUAUAAGAUUGAUCCUAAUAGGAUAUAGACCUGAUAUUUUGACGAUGGAGCAUGGCAUCGUGAAAUCGGGAUUAGUGGUUCUGUCCAAUGCACACCGGACGUCGAACAUACAUUUGAAAAGAAUAAAAAUUAUGAGACCAGUGAAAGAUUACAAUAUUACACACAUAUCGCCAUUUAAAGCUGACAGGGACAAUCCAGAGGGAGAAAUAAUAAAAUACGUAUGUUGUGAUGUACCACAGAUAACGCCCGAAAUGGAGGAUGUUUGGCUGUUUAAGAGCAUAAAGAAUACAAACUCGGAGUGGUCAACAUGGAAAGCAACUGUGCCGAACACCGCUAAUAACUGGAGAAUAAGUGCAUUUGCAAUACACAGUGAAACGGGGCUACAUUACUUGUCGCCAAAACCAUUUGUAAAAGUGACUAGCUUCAGCACCUUACAUUACUCCCUACGUGUGCCCUAUAGCAUACGACUUGAGGAAGCACUCGAACUACAUUUUUUAUGUUCUAAUUGGUUUUCAACGGGCCAAAAAGUCUACGUCGACAUUUACCCCAAUAACCAAUUCGAACUGGUUAACCGACAUCUAACAGUAAUACCCAAUGUACAACGAGGUUUGUUCAUUCCGUCCAACACUACUGAGAAAUUUACUUUUUACAUAAGAGCCUUGAGGCCAGGAACAAUAAAGUUGAAGUUUGUAAUACGGUCCCAUAUUGAACAACAUAAGUUAAAUCUUGAUAUCGAAGUUUUGAAAAAUAUAAGUCUGUCGACCCAUGAAGUUACUUAUUAUAGAGAGUUAGAAUCAAGACAAUAUGAUUCUAACGCAAAAUUGUAUUUUCCGCACAUACCAAACAAAGAUGGCGUCACGUGCUUCGCAAGUGGUCAAGUCAUUGCGCAUAUGCUGAAAAGAAAAAUUAAUGUAUUCGAUGAAACGGAUAACACCGAGCAACUAAUUAGCAAACUCUUUUCCAUCUAUUAUUUAUGGAACUAUGUAGUGAAUAUGACAGUGAUUUCGCCAUCCUAUAAGAAUUAUCUGGUGGAUCAGUUGAGCUGUGGUUACCAAUCAUUGAUGCGUCUACGUAAAGCAAAUGGAGGAUACCGUAAUAAUAUUUCACCUCAAGUCACCUGUGCUCCAAAGUGGUUGACAACAUAUGUCAUACGACUCUUAUAUCAAUUGGAGAAUUAUCCAGCCAUUAUACUUAACACAAGCCUAAUAGAAGGAACCGAGAAUUUCUUAAUGAAGAACCGUGGAGAAGACGGCCACUUCCGGGAGAACUGCUAUACACAAAGUCGAAGAAAUUUAACAUUUUUAGAGUUGAACAUUGAGAUUAUCAAGGUUUUGCAAUUCUCGAACCGUCUGAUUUAUUUACAUGAUAUUCAAGAGUGGAUGAACUGGAUGAUGGAAACCAAGUUUGAAUACUACUCGGAGGCUAAGCGCGGGCUUAAUCCAGUUAAAUGGCAGCUACCUAGUGAAUUAGACAACUGGGUAUUGUACCGACGUGAACUGGAAACCGCUGGCCGUAUAUUAUCCACUGAACUGAGUCUGCCAAGCAUUAAUCAGAAGGACCUUAUUUUCGAGUGGCUAGUGAGUCAAAUUGCCGACACAAGCCAGCACGUCUAUUGUUAUGAAUGCUCUAUUGCAGAGGAGGCCUUUUUCGGCUAUUUGAAUUACCGUGGAUAUGUUGAAUCAAAUUUAACCGUAUGGAUCUGGGUAAACUCAACGAAAAUGGAUCGCUUUUAUAUCAAUGCUGAUAAUCAAUGGGAAGAGCUAUCAAUUUUAUUGUAUCCAACAGAGAACUUCGUCCGUUUUCGAGUAAAGGGCAAAGGUCUCAUUUUUCUACGCUGCACCUACAAUUAUGUGGCAGAGCCUGCAAAAUUGCAACUAUACCACACCACUAUAAACUUCAUUAGCAAAACGCAAAUCAAAUUUUGUGUCCAGCGCUUUUUGCGCAUUCGAAAGUAUUAUGCGGGCACUAAUAUAGAGAUAGUAUUGCCAUCGGGCUAUGUAUUGGGAGAUGGGACCGUACCAGCGCUAAUGACCAGAAAGUUGAUUAUUCAAGCCAACAGUAUUAAUCAGAAGAGUAAACUUUUUCUGACUAUGGACCAACUUCCGCCGGGAAAUUUGUAUUGCUAUAAUUUUACGGCUCUUCCUUACCAUAGAGUGCUCAACUUGCAAAAUGCAACGAUGACUACUUAUGAUAUUAACGAACAGCUGCGAAGCAGAGUAGUUACCUUCAAUAAAUUUAAGGAAUCAGUUCCCAGUGUUUAAUUGCCAAUUUCCGUAAUA